UUCAAGAAUUACAAUAUCUAACUGAGAUUGAAUAUAAAUUGCGACAAGAAUUAUAUUCAAAAAUAAAUAGUAUUCCUCAAUAUCAACUUUCAAGAGCAAUUUAUAUGUUAAAUAAUAUGAUAUAUACAAAAGGAAAACAUCAAGGAGAACUUAUUUCAGAAUAUUAUCAAAAAAAGAUUCUAAAAUUUUUAGAAAAAUUUUUAUAUAAACAUGAAUCAGAUGCAAUUUCUUUAACUCAAAAAAUUAAACAAUUAGAAAGCAAAAAUAGAAAACUUCAAAAAGAAUUAGAAGAAUCAAAAGAGCAAAUAAAAUCACUUAAAAUAACUGUAACAAGUAUAAAAAACCUUCCUGCUGGUUAUAGAGCUUAUGAAAUGCCUAAUGCUGUAUUAAAAUGGAUUAAAGACAUAAAAAAUGCACAAGAAAAUAUAACAGAAUUAUUUGAAGAAGAACUCAAAGAAGCAAAUUCUUGUUUAAAUGUUGAAGAAUAUCAAAACCUUUAUGUAUCUUUGAAGUCUGGCUUAAAAAAUGCAUAUGAAGGAUUUUGUAAAUGGAUGACACCAUGGAUACAUUUACCAUUACUUGUUUGCGCAUUAGGAGGCUCAAAUGGAUCAUUAUUCGCAAGUGCAUUUCUUAAAGUAUAUACUAAUACUAAAUUACAAGAAUCUUAA